AUGACCACUGCCACCCAAAAAACUGCCGAUAAUCACAAUAAUGAGAGAAUCGCCUGCCAGAGCCGAAUGGAACAAAAUUCGGAUAAACAUGGAAUGAAUGAGAAAAUGGAGAUGUCCUCAAAGCAGGAAAAGCAUCUUCCAGAUGAAAAAUGGACACCUUAUCUCUUUUUCUGUAUAUCUUCAAUAGCACUUGCAUCAUUUCAAGACGGGUUUCAAAUUGGGUGCAUCAAUGCUCCGGGUCCUUUGAUAAUUGAAUGGAUCAAACAGUGUCAUUUUGAACUUUUCGGGGAAACUCUAUCACAAUACAAAGCCGAUUUCAUUUGGUCAAUUGCCGUCUCAAUGUUCUCAGUUGGUGGAAUGUUUGGAAGCUUUUGUUCCGGAUAUUUAGCUGAUAGAUUUGGCCGUAAAUCCACUCUCCUCUACAACAAUAUUCUUGCUUUAAUUGCUGCCACGUGUCUUUCAUCCUCUAAGUUAUUGAAUCUCUACCCAAUGAUUGUCAUUGGCCGUUUUCUUGUUGGUCUCAAUUGUGGAAUUACAUCAGGAUUAGUUCCAAUGUUCUUAACCGAGUUGGCACCUGCCAAUCUCCGUGGAAAGUGUGGAUCCUUCCAUCAACUCAAUAUUUCUGUUGCCAUUGUAUUAUCACAAGCUCUCGGUCUCCCAUUCAUUUUCGGUUCUCAAGAAGGAUGGCCAUAUAUCUUUGCUUGUGUUGCUGUUCCAACAUUUUUACAACUGGCAACUAUUCCAUUCUGCGUUGAAUCACCGAAAUACUUGAUUUCAAAACUUAAUGAUCGAGAAGGAGCACGUAGAGUUUUGGAACAUCUCAGAGGUCAUACAAAAGUAGAUGAAGAACUGGAACAUAUGGUACAGGAGACAAUGAUGACUGCUGAACCAACACAUCAACCUGGAUAUCUUGCAUUGUUCAAGGGGGAGAAUCAGUGGCCAAUGAUUGUUUCCAUUCUGAUGAUGUUCAGUCAACAGUUUUCCGGUAUCAGUGCCGUUACAUUCUACUCAACUCUCAUUUUCAAACGGAAUGGAUUGUCUGGAAACGAACCAAUGUACGCUACUGUUGGCUUUGGAUGUAUCAAGCUCAUUGCCACAUUCGGAUGUCUUUUCCUAAUUGACCACCCCAAGUUCGGAAGGAAACGUCUUCACAUUGCCGGACUCUCCGGAAUGUGUGUCUCAUCUAUCCUAAUCGUGAUUACUCUGACACUAUCCAAUGCUGGGUUCCGAUGGGCCAGUUAUCUGAAUAUUUUGUUUAUUCUAUCGUUUGUGGUCACAUUCGCAUUCGGUCCCGGCCCUAUUCCAUGGUUCUUCACGUCUGAACUUUUUGAUUCGGCGACACGUGGCCGAGCUGCAGCGGUAUCAGCCACAAGUAACUGGAUCGCCAACUGGAUGGUUGGACUCACUUUCCUUCCAAUUAAUAAUAUAAUCCACCAAUACGCUUUCUUGAUGUUCACUUUCUUCACAUUCACUUUUGCCAUUUUCACAUGGAAAUUAGUUCCAGAGACAAAAGGAAAAUCUCCAUCUGCCAUUCGAAAAGAAUUGAUUUUCAUGAAAAAACGUUUAUUAUCAUAG